AACAACCUCUCGCGAGAGGACACUUUAGAUAAAAAGUGAUGGACGCCGGUGGAAACAGUGGUGGGCUUCCUGUAAACAAUAAACAGAGAGCAAUGCUACCCAACAAGGCUAAGGGCGAAUUUACCCGCAACCCAAGAAAAGAUUCAGAGGGGCUGUCUGAGUCUCCAGACCUUGAGUUCAAAUAUGCUGAUACAGACAAGUGGGCUGCUGAGCUGUCAGAGCUGUAUAGUUAUACCGAAGGGCCAGAGUUCGGUCUCAAUAGGAAAUGCUUCGAGGUUGAAUUCAAAACACAUGUUUCGGAUAAGAAGUGGACCGAGCUUGAUGCUGCUCAGCACAGAGCUCACGCCAUGCGCCUGUUGGACGGUCUUGAGGUUAUUGCCCGCGAGAGGAGGCUGAAAGCUGCCAGAGCCAUUCUGUACAUGGCUCAGGGAACCUUUGCUGAGUGCAGCUCUGAGGCUGAGGUGCAGUACUGGAUGAGAUACAACAUCUUUCUGCUGCUGGAUGUGGGGACCCUCUCUGCCCUGGUGGAGCUGCUGAACAUGGAAAUUGAUAAUAGUGCUGCCUGCAGUAGUGCUGUUAGGAAACCAGCCAUCUCCCUUGCGGACAGCACAGAUCUCAGAGUGCUGCUCAACAUUAUGUACCUGAUGGUGGAAACAAUACAGCAGGAUGACCCUGCCGACAAGCCUGAAUGGAAUAGCAUCAGGGAAACCUUCAGAGCAGAGCUGGGCUCCCCCCUGUUCAACAACGAGCCCAUUUCUGUCAUGCUCUUCGGCAUGGUCACCAAGUUCUGCAGUGGUCAUGCGCCUCACUUCCCAAUGAAGAAGGUGUUGUUGCUGUUGUGGAAAAGCAUACUGUUCACGCUCGGAGGCUUUGAGCAGCUCCUGAGCAUAAAGGUGCACAGGCGCGGGGAGCUAGGUCUCCCCCCUCUCCCAGAAGACAGCAUUCGAGUCAUUCGCAGCAUGAGGGCUGCUUCUCCUCCUGCGUCUGCAUCCGACCUCAUAGAUCAGCAGCAAAAGAGGGCGCGCCGCGAACACAAGGGGUUGAUUAAACAGGACAAUCUUGACGCAUUCAAUGAAAAGGAUCCUUAUAAGGCGGACGACUCUCGUGAGGACGAGGACGACAACGAUGACAAUGACAACUCCAUGGAGCCAGAGACUUUCCCUCUUGAGAGGGACGAGGUGAUGCCUCCGCCGAUUCCGCACCCUCCAUCAGAGAGGGUGUCCUUCCCCAAAGGGCUGCCGUGGGCUCCUAAAGUCAGGGAAAAGGACAUAGAAAAUUUCCUGGAAUCAAGUAGAAGUAAAUUUAUUGGUUACACGCUUGGAAAUGAUACGGACACAGUUGUUGGCUUGCCGAGGCCAAUUCAUGAAAGUAUAAAGACGUUAAAGCAGCAUAAGUACGUCUCUAUUGCUGAGCUACAGAUUUCAAAGGAGGAUGAGUUUCAGAAAACCCCUCUGUCCGGAGGUGAAGAGGAGGUGGAGAUGUCCUCCACUGAGCUGCUCUAUCAGGGAAUUCUACCGAGUUUGCCUCAAUACAUGAUCGCUCUGCUUAAGAUCCUGCUGGCAGCGGCUCCGACUUCUAAAGCCAAGACGGACUCCAUCAACAUCCUGGCAGACGUGCUGCCGGAGGAGAUGCCGACUACAGUUUUGCAAAGCAUGAAGCUCGGUGUCGAUGUGAAUCGACACAAAGAGAUCAUUGUGAAGGCCAUCUCCGCGAUCCUGCUGCUGCUUCUCAAGCACUUCAAGCUCAACCACAUCUACCAGUUUGAGUACAUGGCUCAACACCUGGUGUUUGCCAACUGCAUUCCUCUCAUUCUGAAGUUCUUCAACCAGAACAUCAUGUCUUACAUCACAGCUAAAAACGGUAUUUCAGUUAUUGACUUUCCCUAUUGUGUGGUGCAUGAGCUCCCGGAACUAACAGCAGAGAGUUUGGAAGCAGGGGACAAUACUCAGUUUUGCUGGAGAAAUUUGUUCUCCUGCAUCAACCUGCUGAGGAUCCUCAACAAACUGACCAAGUGGAAGCACUCCAGGACAAUGAUGUUGGUGGUGUUUAAGUCCGCUCCCAUCCUGAAGAGGGCGCUGAAGGUCAAGCAGGCCAUGAUGCAGCUUUACGUCCUCAAGCUGCUCAAAGUUCAGACCAAAUACCUCGGACGUCAGUGGAGGAAGAGCAACAUGAAGACCAUGUCAGCCAUCUACCAGAAGGUCCGACAUCGGCUUAACGACGACUGGGCCUACGGGAACGAUCUGGACGCCCGGCCCUGGGACUUCCAGGCCGAGGAGUGUGCUCUGCGGGCCAACAUUGAGCGCUUCAACAGCCGCCGCUACGACAAGAGCCACAUCAACCCGGACUUCCUGCCUGUAGACAACUGUCUGCAAAGUGUACUGGGACAGCGCGUGGACCUGCCCGAGGACUUUCAGAUGAACUAUGACCUCUGGCUGGAGCGCGAGGUCUUCUCCAAACCCAUCUCCUGGGAGGAGCUGCUGCAGUGAGAGUCCAGGACUUUUUAUGAAAAGUUUCAAUCAGGAGUUCAGACAAACGCCGUCAGUGCUCUCAGCAUUAAGUUUCUCACUCUGUGCAGACUGAAGGUGACGGAUGGAUUUCGUCCUCUAAAGCGGAAGGUUUAGACCUACAAUCCUCUUGUUUUACAACAAUCUCAAACAAUUAGGAUUUUUCCCAACCCGAAUGACUUAAACCCAAAUCCAACCUUUACACUUACAGGUAUUGGCUGUGUGCCUCUAACCUGCUAUCAAAGGUCUGUAAGUUUGACCCUGAAACACUACAUGGGAAUAUGUUUCUUCUUUUUAUAGAGAUUUAUUUGAAAUAAAUGUUACUGUUAAACUGUAACUCUUUGCUGAGGCAACUCAGUAAAGAUGUUAAUAAAUAUAACAUUCCUUUGUACAUCCACUUUAUCUUCAGAUAUUUAAAAAACAUAUACCAGGUUUGGGUUUUUAGUCUUAACAGCUUUUUGUACAAGUAAUAACAUACUUCACUUUACUAGUUAUCGAGACACACAUUUCUGUUUCAUCUGCUUUUCCUUUUGUUGGUUCGCUAAAUUUCCAAAUUAUUUAAAUUUAACUUGCGUCUCCUCAGCGAGUUGGCUAGACACCUUUUACUCUGCGACCUUGAAGGAGACCACCAGGCUGACUGUGCAGCCACGAUUUCACUCUUUAGUAUUCAUUAGCUGUGUUGUGGAAGAACUGUUUGCACAUGUUACCAUUAGGUGAUCGUGUGAGAGACAAGAGAAAGUUUUAGGUUUCUGGUUUGGGAUCAGGGUUUUUUAGGCUUCACUCAUCAGACGGCUGCUCUGAACCGAACGGGAUCGCUCCGUUACAUUUCCAGUUACAGAACCAGUCUGCUCUGUCUUUUAUUAUUUUAAAUGGUUAAUGAAAUGAGAAUACAUGUAAAUUGUGAAACGUAUUUAUCAUGGCUUCGUAUUUGUUUUACAUGGACUUAAGGACUGUAAUAAAAUUAUACUGUUAUUUGUGUA